AUGUUAACAACUUGAACGCUGUUGAAUAGUUUUUUUCUACUCCAUUGCGUACUCAUAUGCAUGAUUAGAGUAAGAUCUAUACACACCGAAGAAGGUUUGGAGCUCUUAUUUAAGCAACGCUCUCAGCCAGAUUGGGAAAAUGUUUGGCAUCAUGAAACCCAUUCGCGGUGUCGCGACAAGUUGGUGCGACAAUUAUAUUGGGCUUGUGAAAAGGAUAUUUACCGUCUAACCCGCCGCAACCACAAACGCACAGAUGAAUCUGUACAAAAACGCAAUAAAUAUCCUACUUUUCAUCGCAUUUGGCUUGAUCCUCGAGAGGUUAAUGUUUUCUUAAGGACACGUCGUUCGAAUAUUCCUUCAAUUACGAAUGAAUGCUGCACUAAAGUGGGUUGUACUUGGGAAGAGUAUGCCGAAUAUUGUCCUUCCAAUAAACGUCGCAAUCAUUAUUGAAUGAAAUUAUAUACUGUGUGAAAAUGGAAGGCGUGGGAUUGCUUUUACGUAUGUUUACGGAAUAUCAUGGUGUUUUUAUGCCGUACAAGAAAGAAGAUGUG